GAGCGGAUUCUCCCCGCUCUCCAACCGUUCCUCCCGGCCGCCAGGCGCCGCGCGCGCCCGCCUGGCACCCGCGCCUCAGGGGCGGCGCCGGCGGCGGCGGCGGCGGCGGGGCCAUGGCGGACCGGUUGACGCAGCUGCAGGACGCCGUCAACUCGCUCGCGGACCAGUUCUGUAACGCCAUCGGAGUGCUGCAGCAGUGCGGCCCGCCGGCCUCCUUCAGCAACAUCCAGACUGCCAUAAACAAGGAUCAGCCCGUGAACCCCACGGAAGAGUAUGCCCAGCUGUUCGCAGCUCUGAUCGCUCGCACUGCCAAGGAUAUUGAUGUUCUCAUAGAUUCCCUGCCUAGUGAAGAAUCCACAGCAGCUUUGCAGGCUGCGUGCCUGUACCGGCUGGAGGAGGAGAACCACGAGGCAGCGGCGCGACUGGAGGAGGUCGUGUACCGUGGGGAUGUGCUGCUCGAGAAGAUCCAGAGCGCCCUGGCCGACAUCGCCCAGUCGCAGCUGAAGACGCGGAGCGGCACCCACACCCAGCCCCUGCCCGACUCGUAGCGCCAGGGGGCACCGCGGCCCUUCCCAAGAUACACCGGGAAUGGAUGGGCUGGCCCCGCCCUCCCGCGGGGCUGCCUCGCGCUCUGCUCCGCGUCGGGAGAGGCGGUUUUGGCUCAGCUCGGCUGCGGGUUUUGUGUGAGAAACGCUGCUAUAAGGGCUCUGUUACAGAUCUGCGUGGGCUAAUGUUUCUUUGACUUACAACGAGCUUUCUGGUCACAAAUAUUACUUCAAUCGAAUUUGUUGAAAUAAACCUGCAGGUAUCUGA